UUUUUUAGAGAAUCUUUUUUACUUGGCACAAUGUCUAUUAUUCUCGAUCCUUACAUUUCUCCUAAAGAAAAAAAUCGAUUGAGAGGAUUUAACGAAGAAGAAAAUGAAAAUUUUGUUUCCCUUCAAGAAAAAGAGAAAGAAGUCGACCAAAAAAUUUCUUCUACUGAUAGUCUUGUUACUACUUCAACUAUUUCACCAAUUACAAAUUUAAAAAUUAUUGAAAAUAAAGAGGAAGAUAUUUUAAAUUUAAAUGAAGGUACAAAUAAAGAAGAAUCUUCUCGUCGAAAAGAAAAGAAAGGAACAACAACAACCUCCUCCUCUUCUUCUCGUGAAUCUAGUAGCAAUAGUCGUCAUACUGAACCUAAAAGAAAGUCUGAAGAUGGGAAAAAGAAGGAAGGAAAAAGUUUAGGCUUCAGCACACGUCUUUCCACAAUGUGGGAGGAUAUGAAAAGAAUGAUGGGAUUUUCACCUGAUUGUUUAAAUGGUGGUUAUAGAGGAAUUGGAAGUUUAAGCUGUACUUGUCCACAAUAUUUUGAGGGGCAGUUAUGUGAACAAAUUGUUUGUGCAAAUGGAGGUAAACGAAUAAAAGAAAAAACUACAGGUUUUGGUGGUAUUCAAACAGAAGAAGAAAUUUGUAAAUGUACACAUCCAAUUUACAUAACUGGUCGGCAUUGUGAACAAGUUAAUUGUCAAAAUGGUGGGAGACUAUUAGGUGAUGGAAAUUGUCAAUGUGCGGAUGGUUGGUAUAGUGGGACUUUUUGUCAGUAUUACACUUCUUCUUGGCUUGUUGCAAUUGGAAUACCUCUUCUUUUUAUAGCUCUUGUUAUAUUUUGUUGUGUUGUUUGUCGUAUGGAUUUAUGCUCAUUAUGUCGUUCUCGGCCGGUAACAACACAAAGAACGCGUCCGAACGAACGACGACCACGACGUCGUCAACACCAACAAAAUUGUCCAUCUGCUUUAGGCGAUAGUAGAGGUGUCCAACGUCCUCAUAAUGGCCCAAAUCGAUCUCGACGCCCAAAUGAUAAUCUUUUAAAUAUAAAUCGGCGGCAACAAAAUGAAGAACAUUUACAAAAUUUCUAUACACAGCAAAAUCUUUUAAACGCUCAACAACAAGAAGAUCAACAAUAUGUUCUCCGGUUGGAACGUUUUCCAAUGCUUUACAACCCAAAUUCUAUUAAUGAUAAACCUUUGGAUCCACCGCCACCAUACGAACAGGUAAAUAUAAAAAUGAAUUUUCUGUUGAUAAAAUUCUUUUAAAAAUUAUAGCCUUUAAUUUUCUGGCAUUGACUAGUUGCGUCUUUGUCUUUUCUAGGGAACUUAAAAAAUUUAGGAAACUCAAAAUCAAUAUUUUUACUAAUGUAAGAGGA